UCAGGGUUGGUUGAAAUCGAGCCGGUGGCAGACUGGCAGUAUAUAGGGUAUUAGUAUUACCUUCCCGACUUUCUUCAAUGCGAGCAUCUACGAAACUUGUGUCUCCGACCCAUCCCACAUUCCAUCUUUCCCACCCGACUCCAGAUGCCUUUAUCUGGAACACCCUCAUACGAGCCCAUGCGCAAGCCAGAGACGGAACCACGGUACAGACCACUUCCCCCCUUUCUAUAUACCUCCGAAUGCGUUCCCAUGGUGUCGAACCCGACUUCUACACCUUUCCUUUCCUCCUCCACUCUUUCAACUCUCAAUCUCAUCUCCACUUAGGAAACCAAGUGCACGCUCACAUCAUUCGCCUCGGCCUCGCCUCCGACACCUUCAUCCAGACUUCACUCAUCAACAUGUAUUCCUUUUGUGGGAAUUUAAGUUCUGCCCACCAAGUCUUUGAUGAGAUUCCGCAACCUGAUUUGGCUUCUUGGAAUUCGGCCAUUUCCAUGAAUGUGAAAUGGGGUCUUGUUGAUACUGCCAAACAUCUAUUUGAUUUGAUGCCCAAAAGAAACGUGAUCUCCUGGAGUUGUAUGAUAAAUGGGUAUGUGCAGUGUGGAAAAUAUAAAGAAGCUCUUGCAUUAUUUCGAGAGAUGCAGAUGUUAGAAGUAGACAAUGUCAGGCCAAAUGAAUUCACAAUGUCUAGCGUUCUUUUGGCUUGUGGGCGGCUAGGUGCUCUUGAGCAUGGGAAAUGGGCCCAUGCUUAUAUAGAGAAAUGCGGAAUGGAAAUCGAUGUGAUCUUAGGUACCUCAUUGAUAGAUAUGUACGCAAAAUGUGGCAGUAUCGAGCGUGCAAGGUGGGUAUUUAUCAAUUUGGGACCUAAUAAGGAUGUGAUGGCCUGGAGUGCUAUGAUUUCAGGUCUGGCAAUCCACGGUUAUGGUGAAGAGUGCCUUGAUUUACUCUCAAAGAUGCAAGACCUUGGGGUGAGACCCAAUGCAGUAACAUUCUUGGGUGUUUUAUGUGCCUGUGUACAUGGAGGCCUGGUGAACGAGGGGAAAAAGUAUUUCCAGAUGAUGACUGAUGAAUUUGGUAUUACUCCUCUGAUCCAACACUACGGUUGCAUGGUGGACCUUUAUGGGAGAGCUGGUCUCAUAGAAGAGGCAUGGGGUGUUGUAAAAUUUAUGCCCAUGAAACCUGAUGUGCUUGUGUGGGGAGCUCUUCUCAGUGGAUCUAGAAUGCAUGGGGACAUCAAAACAUGUGAGCUUGCUCUCAAACAACUUAUUGAAUUAGAACCCACAAAUAGUGGAGCCUAUGUGCUUCUAUCAAAUGUCUAUGCAAAGAUGGGUAGGUGGGAGGACGUGAGAGAUGUAAGAAAAAUAAUGGAAGCAAAAGGGAUCAAGAAACUGCCUGGAUGUAGCUUGGUUGAAAUUGGGGGUGUUCUACAUGAGUUUUUUGUGAGAGAUGAAUCACACCCUGAGACACAAGAGAUCUAUUUGAUGCUCGAGGAGAUCAUGAAAAGGUUGAAGAUGGGGGGAUAUGUAGGAAACACUAGGGAGGUUUUGCUUGACUUGGAUGACGAAGGAAAGGAGGUGGCCCUUGCCCUUCAUAGUGAGAAGUUGGCCAUUGCCUUUAGCUUUUUGAAAACAAGCCCAGGUACACCAAUACGUAUUGUUAAGAAUCUUAGAAUAUGUACCGAUUGUCAUGAUGCCAUAAAGAUGAUGGCCAAGGUUUUCAAUCGAGAAAUAGUUGUUAGGGACUGCAAUCGAUUUCACCAUUUCAUAUAUGGUUCAUGUUCCUGUAAAGAUUAUUGGUGAUCCCAUCCUUAGGGAAGGAGGAAGGGGACACAUACAGUAAUAUUUAGCACCAUUUCACUCUCAGCUUGAUAGGUUGUUGUAAUUUAUUUGGGUUACAUGGAUUAGUUGAAUGACUCUUUGAGCCUGAAG